AGGAUGGAGAGCGUGCGCACGGCUCCUGGCCACUCUCCAGAUCCUCCAAGCAGCGCGGAGCAGAAGAGCAGCGAAAGUAACAGCAGAGUAAUUGUAGUUUGGAGGCCAGAACGUUGCCCCGAGCCUGGAGAUAAAACAUGGAGGAGAAGGGCGACUCUACAGCGUACGGAGUGGCUUUCGCAGGAGGGGGAUUUGACUUAAACAAGUUUAUCCGACAGCCACAGACCAUAGUGCGGGGUCUCAGCCUGAUCUUUUCUCUGGUCGUGUUUGGGACCAUUACAAACGAGGGCUACAUCAACCCCCCCACGUCGGCCCAGGCGCACUGCAUGUUUAACCAGAAUGACUCGGCCUGUCACUUCACUGUGGCCAUCGGGGUCAUCGCCUUCUUGGCCUGUGUGGUCUUCACGGUGCUAGACAUUUACCUGCCCUUCAUGAGCAACGCCCCAGACAGGAAAUACGUCAUCAUGGCUGAACUCGCAUUCUCAGGGCUGUGGACCUUCCUGUGGUUUGUGUGUUUUUGCCUCUUGGCCAGUGAAUGGGCCCGGACUCAUGUCAUUAUUGGGAUCCCUUUGGAGGCCGCACAAGCUACUAUUGCAUUCUCAUUCUUUUCCAUCGCUACCUGGGGUAUCCUCACCUACUUUGCCCUGGGCCGUUAUCGCCGUGGAGUGCAUGACAUGACUCUCCACGUUGAAGCGCCAUCGGACCAGCACGCCCCCUACCCGCCAACGUAUGCACCUGCGUCCUACAACCCCACUCCCUAUAACCCCACCACAUACUCCACCUACCCCAGUGACCAGCCCGCCUUCAUCCCCAAUAUACAACCAACAGUGGACUCUGGAUAUCAACCGCCCAACUAUUAACAAGGGUACCUCAGAGGGUACAGGGACUGACAGGGAUAGGUGUGGACAGUGCCACUAUGUAGAAGCCAGAAAAUAAAGACUAUUUAUAGCAAGUGUUUGUGUUUCCAGAUGGAUCCUUACAUCUGAGAGUUGAGUUUUGUUAAGCCUGGUUAGUAACUUGAACUUUAUCCUCAUGGUUUGACACUACACAAGAUAAUGAUUAGAGUCUACACUGGAGGUCAAAGGUAACAUUAAAAUGCUUUUGACAAGAAAUGUCAACCUUCCUGACUUUGUAAAACGCGUGAUUGUUCUUUUGUACAUAUUAAUAUAUAAAGUGUAAUUUUGCUUGGCCUAAUUAUUGCCUUUUUAGUUUAUGUUUGACAUGUUGUGCCUAGAAUUAAUGGUAAGCACUAGUGCAUGGAAUUAAAUACACUUGGUAAUAGAAGUAUUGUAAUGCCAAUCUGAAGUAGAAAAAGCUGUAAUGAAUUUUCAUGAUUGAAUUUUGCUGGAAUGGUUUGAGUUUUAUGACCUUUAAAGACCUUGGUAGAGAAGUAGUUAAGAAUGAAGGGCAGGUAGAUAAUAGGGCCUUAUCCAUUUGUGUGAACAAUGACUCAUUUACAAGGAAAGGAUCAGAUGCACAUUCUCAAGUCUGUGGGACGUAUAGGCCCUUAAAGUAAGCCUCCAUCACAAUUUGAUAGUUUAUACAUACUGGGUGUAGGCCACACUAGUUUGCUGUGCUAGAUAACCCAAUAAGCUAAUUGGAAGACUCACUGCUCCUAAGGAGAUGGCCCAGGGAGUACUGAAGGAUGGGUCAAAUGCAGAAAACGCAUUUACCU